AUGUCUAAUGCAUACCUUGUUAUAUUUUUGUCAUUACUAGACUGGGCUACUGGGUUCAGUGUAUCAUUUCCCAACACUACUGUCAUAUCAAGUGAAGCUUCCGCCCGCCGCCAGCUGGGCGCCGGCAGCAACCAAGUAAGCAGGCGGGCAAGCCGGUGCAGCAAAAUUGGCAAAGAAUCGUUUUCCUUACAAAAAUUAAAGAGCGGCGUAGUGGUUCAGAUAGUAACAAUGUGUGGGUGUAUACGGAUCCUACGUGCGUACAGGCCGUUGCCUCGCACGCUAAAUUCCAGACUCUCUAGUUCUUCGUCAGCACCUCCGCAAGUACCUGGAGUACCCUACACCAAACUUAGCAUAGGCAUUCCGAAAGAAUUAUGGCAGGACGAAAAGAGAGUUGCCGUAGUACCAGCUGUAGUUAGCAAAUUAGUAAAAAAAGGUUUCACUGUAAAUAUAGAAGAGAAUGCUGGGGCGCUAGCUAAUUUUCCAAACAAAACAUACGAGGAAGCUGGCGCUAAAGUCACCACCCUCAAGGAAACAUUCCAAUCCAACAUUAUUUUAAAAGUAAGACCACUUUUAGAUAGCGAAAUUAAAAAUGUUCAAGAUGAAGGCACACUUAUAUCGUUCCUAUAUCCGGCGCAAAAUCAAGAUCUAAUUAAGAAACUGGCUGCUAAAAAGGUCAACGCAUUUGCAAUGGACUGCGUUCCACGCAUCAGCCGCGCGCAGGCUUUUGACGCGCUAAGUUCGAUGGCAAAUGUGGCGGGAUACCGAGCAGUCAUUGAGGCGGCUGCGCAUUUCCCUAGAUUCUUCUCAGGUCAAAUGACGGCUGCGGGUCGAGUGCCGCCUUGCCGCGUCCUAGUAGUGGGCGGUGGGGUAGCGGGUCUAGCUGCAGCUGCGCAGGCCCGUUGUAUGGGCGCCGCGGUCAGGGCGUUCGACACCCGGCCUGCUGUACGCGAGCAGAUCGAGAGCUUGGGCGCCCAGUUCAUCACUAUGGAGAUGAAGGAAGAAGGAGCCGGGGUAGGAGGUUACGCCAAGGAAAUGAGUCAAGAGUUCCUCAAUGCGGAACGAGCUCUCCUCGGCAGAGAAACUCGCACCUCUGACGUCGUCAUCAGCACGGCUCUGAUCCCCGGUAAACCAGCACCUCUGCUCAUAUUGGAGGAUGCAGUCCGAGACAUGGCACCAGGCAGCGUGAUAGUAGACUUGGCCGCAGAAAUGGGUGGCAAUGUUCAAACCACUAAGAAGGGGGAAGUGACAAAAGUUCACGGCGUCACUCACAUAGGCCUCACCGACUUGCCGAGCCGUAUGCCAGCGCACGCCUCCACGCUGUACGCUAACAAUAUAUCCGGAUUCCUCUUCAGUUUAGGGACAAACGACCAUUUCCACAUCAACCUCGAGGAUGAAGUGACUCGUGGAGCAAUAGUGCUCAAGAGUGGUGAGCUGCUGUGGCCGCCACCACCGCCGCCCAGUAUGACCGUGGCCGCACAGACAACUUCCAAGACUACGGUUGUAGCCAAACCUGAACCGCCCAAUCCUUUCAACGAAACACUGAAAGACUCCUUCUUGUAUUCUACUGGAUUAGCAAGUUUGAUCGGACUUGGCAUGGCAGCGCCCAACCCAGCUUUCACCACCAUGACAACAACACUCGCUUUAGCUGGCGUGGUUGGUUAUCACACCGUGUGGGGGGUAGUACCGGCGCUGCAUUCGCCCCUGAUGUCGGUCACCAACGCCGUAUCUGGUAUUACGGCGGUUGGAGGUUUGCUGCUCAUGGGCGGCGGAUACGUACCCGAGACUCCUGUACAGUGGCUGGCAAGUACUGCUGCUCUGAUUUCAUUCGUGAACGUAUUCGGCGGAUUCCUUGUCACGCAGCGUAUGUUGGACAUGUUCAAGAGGCCUGGUGACCCACCAGAAUACGGAUACUUGUAUGGCAUACCCGCCGCAGCUCUCUUGGGAGGUUAUAUUACCACAGCUAUGCAGGGCUACCCAGAAGUGCAUCAGAUGGCGUAUUUAGCGUCGUCGCUGUGCUGCGUGGGAGCUCUAGCUGGUCUCAGUUCCCAAACAACUGCUAGAAAAGGAAACUACCUGGGAAUGAUCGGGGUAACAGGGGGCAUUGCUGCCACACUGGGUCUGUUAACGCCCAGUGCCGAAGUGCUGGUUCAAAUGUUGGGCGUGGCUGGAAUUGGCGGUCUGAUCGGAGGUACCAUAGCCAAGAAGAUAGAAAUCACCGAUUUGCCACAACUCGUAGCCGGAUUCCACAGCCUUGUGGGCAUGGCGGCCGUACUGACCUGCAUUGCCACAUACAUGCACGACUUCCCCGCUAUGGCGUUGGACCCCACAGCAGCCACUCUGAAGACAUCGUUGUUUCUCGGCACUUACAUAGGCGGCAUCACGUUCACUGGUUCGUUAGUCGCUUACGGCAAACUACAAGGCACGUUGUCAUCGGCGCCUUUGCUACUCCCCGGUCGUCACGCAAUCAACGCGGGUCUUCUAGCGGGCGGUUUGGGCUGUGGCGGAGCCCUACUAGCGUUCCCUGAAGUGCCAGGAUUGCCAUUGCUUUCUGCUGCUGCUGUACUUAGCGGUAUACAGGGGUUGACGCUAACAGCUGCCAUAGGAGGUGCUGACAUGCCAGUAGUGAUCACCGUAUUGAACAGCUACUCGGGCUGGGCUCUGUGCGCGGAAGGAUUCAUGCUGAACAAUUCGCUCAUGACCAUCGUCGGUGCCCUCAUCGGCAGCUCCGGCGCCAUCCUCUCUUACAUCAUGUGCAAGGCCAUGAAUCGUUCCCUGCCGAACGUGAUCCUGGGCGGGUACGGGGUAACGACGGGCGGGUCGGCGCGGCCCGCGGGCGCCACGCAUACGGAGUUAAACGUGGACUCUGUGGCCGAUCUCAUACACCGCGCUUCAAACAUCAUUAUCACACCAGGUUACGGUUUGUGUGUCGCUAAGGCCCAAUAUCCCAUCGCUGAACUUGUGGACAUGCUCAAGGCAGCUGGAAAAAAAGUACGCUUCGCGAUCCAUCCUGUAGCUGGUCGCAUGCCUGGACAAUUGAAUGUAUUGCUUGCUGAGGCUGGCGUGCCUUACGACGACGUCUUCGAAAUGGAGGAAAUUAACGACGAAUUUCCCGAAACUGACCUUGUAUUGGUUAUUGGCGCUAACGACACCGUUAACAGCGCAGCGGAAGAUGACCCCAAUUCGCCUAUCGCUGGGAUGCCUGUACUCAAAGUAUGGAAAGCAAAUCAGGUGGUGGUGAUGAAACGCUCAAUGGGCGUCGGGUACGCAGCAGUAGACAACCCCAUUUUCUACAAUCCCAACACUGCCAUGUUGCUCGGAGAUGCGAAGAAAACUUGCGAUGCCCUCCUGGAACGAGUAAAACACCUUUCCGCGUAA